GCACGCGAAGCUCAACUCAAGGCUGAACUGGAGCGCAUUCGUGAAGUCAACUCUGUAAUCGAAGGUGUCACAGCAAGUUUGCAGAAAGCAAAAGGCAACAUGAACAGUGUGCAUUCAACUGUGAACAAUGCCUCUACUCUAUUGGGAACUUGGACACGCAUCCUUAGCCAGACUGAGCACAAUCAGCGCCUCAUCCUCAAUCCCCAAUGGAAAGGUGCUACCCAAGAUUUGGAGGAUAUCGAGAACGAGGAUAUACGGCGACAACACGAUGCUCAGCGGCGGGCGGCCGAGGAGCAGCGGAAACGCGAGGAAGCUCAACGGCGAGCGGAGGAGGAAGAGCGACAACGGGCAAUUGCU